AUGACCUUGACUAGUCAGGUGUGUGUACUCGAAGCUGUUCAUGUAGAGAAAGAUGAUUUCAAAGAGGAGAAGAGCGUUAAAAAAAUUAGAUUCGGGGAGACAAAAGAAGGAGUUGACUGCGAUCGCCCGAAAAGUUGCAUCAUAAGUCAGAGAAAUCUUGUUGCAAUGUCAGGCACAUCACCGAAAAUAUCCAGCUACACCAAAAAUCACAUGACCUUCGAGGAUUAUGUGGCUACGCCUCUGCCAAUUUUUCAUUUCGUUUUCUGGCUAUUUGUGGUGGCUUCAAGCGUAUUUAUGGCAUCUUUAUGGACAUCUUACGGACGGAGAGAGAGAUAA